AUGCUCUGGACCUCACAAGUGCGCACCCAUGAACUAGGGCUUUUAUAUCGGCGCACUACUAAAUUCCAUAAAAACGCAGGAGGGUUUUUUUUUAAGAACGAAAACGCUCUCACUUCUCCUUCCAAUCGCCAACCACUGCUCGCAGCACUUGGCUGUCGUCAGUUUGCCGUUUCUGCCGACGAUUCUGCCAAGAGAAAAUACGCCAACAAUGUGUCUAAAUACAAUACCGUCAUUGGAUCUCUCACUUCUCAAAGAAGGUAUGUCUCUCGCCGCUCUUUUUCCAUUUCUUACUUAAUCAACAGUAGCACACCCUUUUUCACUCCACUCUUUCUCUCUCUACAAACAACCAAGAAGCAGCAGCAGCAGCACAAGAAAGAUGGGCGAAGGAAAAGGCUCAUCCCUAGGGUUUUCUGCUCGAUUCCUCUGUUCACAUUGAUUUUCUCAUGUUUAGCGACGAUUAUAUCUGCUGACUUGCUAAAUGAGUUCGCCAUUUCAAUUCCAUUCUUCAGCUUCAUGAGAUCUAGGUUUUUGAACACUAAAGCUGCUAUGAACCUUCACACAAUGUUUAGUGAUUUUUUGCUUGGAACCAUUCGCACAGAUAAUGCAACUAAUUCCACUUACUGCGUGUACGAUUCAGAUGUAGCAACAAGCUAUGGCGUUGGUGCCUUUCUGUUUCUUCUCUCAGGUGAAUCCUUACUCAUGGGAGUAACCAAAUGCAUGUGUUUUGGAAGGCCAUUAGCACCUGGUGGAAAUCGAGCUUGGACCAUCAUUUAUUUCACAUUCUCACUGCUGAGUUUUGUGGUUGCAGAAGCUUGUUUGAUAGCAGGGGCAAAGAAGAAUGCAUACCAUACUAAAUACAAGGGGAUGUUCAUUUAUAGGAUUUACUUUUUGAGGGAUGUAUAUGUUGAUAUGAUGUUGGAUGGAGUGAAACCAGAGAAAGAUACAUUUCGUACACUGACUACUGGUAGUAUGAAAGGCGUCCGUCUACAGGACUGUUUCUUCUUCCGUGAUCAAAUGAAAUCCAUGGGUUUGAUUUCUGAUGUUGUUUUGUACAACUUCAUGAUCUCAACAUGUGGGUAG